GCGAUCGAUACGCCAGACUUUCGUUGGGUUUCGCGUCGAAAAGGAACUCUGGACGAGAGGAGAUGUCCCGCAAGUGGUUCAAGAGACGAGACACCACGUUCAAGCCGCCAGACAUUCGAAGAUAGCGAGUCGAGAACGGUUCAACGGCCGCUCGAAGCACGAACAUCCGAGCCCGUGAUCGGCUUCUUAGCCAGGGAUGAGGAGGAUUCGCGAUUUAGGGCUCGAAGGAACGAAGGGAGGAUCAAACAGAGCCUGAGCGAUCGCGUACCGUCGCCGAAAGGCGAGCAGAAACCGGGCGGUUUCUUCGACAGGCCUAAAUUCAAGUUCAGUUUCAGCGAGAAGUCACGAAGGCCUUCGGAAAAAGGCGAGGAACGCGAAGUCUCUGAUUCGAAAGAAGGCAAAGAGGACGCGCCCCGCGUGAAAUUGCAAAAGAGCGACUCCUUCCUCAAGAAACUCGUGAGGAGUUCGAGAGACAACAUCACCGAAGGCUGCGAGAGGCUGGUCAGAAACAUUCACAAGAGUCCAUCGGUUCUGAGAAAGAAGUUCCUGCCGGGCACUAACGACGACGUCACCAGCGGUAGGAAGGAGGAGAUACCAGUGCCGCCUCUAAGAAGAAAGGGAUCCGCCAAGAGGCCUCUGAAAUUCGAUCGAGACGGAACGUGUUUCACGAACUCCGUUGCCAAGGAAUCCACGAGGAUCCAAGUCUCGAUCAUCUGUCCAACCGUCGACGCCGUCGAAGACGGUUUCCUGUUGGUGAACCAGAGUCCUCGGACCCAGGCGAACAGCCACGAAGCUGUCGCGACCGAAUGCGUUAACAGGAUCUCGUCUGUCCACGCUAGUCAUAUUCGCUGCGAGCUUUUGGACGACGGAGAUUCGUCGAAAAGCGUCUCCGUGGAGGACGUGGAGGAUCUGAUCAAAUCGGAGAACAACUUACGGUUGCUGGAGCAGCGUGUUCUGAUCAGGAGACGCUUGGAGAAGUCGUCGAAGCUCUUCCGAGCCCUCGAGCCUGGACAACGAAGAUCCUGGAGCGAGGAGAGCUUGAUCCCGACGAUUGGACACGCCCGCGACAAAUUUCAAGCUGCGUUUCCCGGCCACGGAGACUCCGAGGACCCUGUCACGGUCAAUUGCACCCCGAUCACCCACAGACGUUGCGAUCGAUCCGUUGGUACGCGCCAGGUCGGACGUUCCGGGGAGUCAAGGUCGCCGGAGUGGCGAGACAAGACGAAGGUACGCUGGAAGUCGUGGAAAGUGAAACGAUCGCCUCCGCCGGAUGACUGGCUGGUUCAGAGGUCGGCGGGGCUCCGGUGGACGCUCGAUAACGAGCGCGGGUCAACCGAUAAGCUGGUUUCAGCAAGGAAAUCAUGGAUACCCAGUGACGAGCUACACGCGCGCCGGCAGUCGGCUACGUUCCACGGCGUAAAAUGCAAACUUGCAAAUUUCGCGGAUGCUGGACAGCAGAACGGAGGCGACGCGAAGGGGACGAGAGACCCCGAGCCUGAUGAAGAGCAAAGUAAACGCGAGUUAGUGGCGAGACCAGCCGAGAACACGAGCGGUUUCUACGGGAGCAGCAAACCCGACGUUUCUGACCGUGCGACACCUGUCCGCGGCCCGGAAGAAACAUUUGCGACAGACAACAACCGCUCCAGCGUCGAGACAGUCGACGACACCUUGUCCUCAUGGAAAAAUGAAACGAUCAUCGGCGAGGUAACCAGUUUCAACGCGUCUGCCCGCGAAGCGAACACUAAAUGCGAGUCAGAAUUUCCAACGGUCCAAUUGAACGUCUCGAACAGCGUGACCGAUGAGCCUGUGGACCGGAAAGACUCUGCGGUGGCUCUCGAUGGUGGUACGAAGACGAUUCGGCCCGAGUAUUGUCCAGUUCUGAUCGGCCAGGUCGUCGACAAGUCUCACGGGAAACCUCAGGACAGAUUCCUGCGCAAGAAGAAAGUUAGGAACGCUAAGUGUCCGAAGGCUCGGGACUCGAACGACUGGAAGAUGAAGCUCACGAUCAGGAUGAUCAGGGUCCGCGACAAGUUGAUGCUCGGUUUGAGCGCUUUCGCGAUACUCUUCACCAUUCUGCUGGUGAUGGAUCUCCAGAUGGAUUUGGGCUACAGUGGCCAUCACCUGGUCCCCAGCCACGGUCGCGUUCGAAUAGGCGACGAUCCAGGAUCGGAGACCAUUUAUAAUAAUUUUCGGCGGAAGUUCUUGCAGAGAGUGAACGCCAGCAAGGAACAAAACAGUGCCGACGUGUCCGGUACCACUCAGAACAGCGGGAAGGACAUCGGCAAUGAGCCUAGGGACUCCAGGACUGAGAAGACUAUGGUGCACGAUAGUUUUCCGGAUUUAGUGAACAUAGUGACGAAGGGUUACGGUGUUAGCGUGUACGAAGGUGUUGCCAGAAUCAGCGGAGAGGAUCACACGGACAAUCCUACCUUGGGACAACUGAAGAAGAUUAGUCCAAGGAGAAACAGUUCGACUCUGGAAAAGUUCCACUUGCAAAUAUCCAGAACGGAACUGUAUCCGAAGGAUUCGAAAUAUGUGGACCAAUUGUUGCACGAAAUUGCGACCAAGCCCAUCGUUCAUGUUGUUCAGAAGGAAGGCGGCACGCAGCUGAAACUCGAGAUAAACUAUUCGUACAUGCAGGCGUUGUUCAAACCCAUGAGGUUUCCGCGGGAACAGCAAACUCUGCCGAAUCAUUUCUAUUUCACCGACUUCGAGAGACAUACCGCCGAAAUCGCAGCCUUCCAUUUAGACAGAUUAUUGGGAUUCCGUAGAGCGAUGCCAGUCACUGGGAGAACGUUGAACCUGACGACAGAGAUUUAUCAGAUCGCCGAUGGUGAGCUUCUGAAGACGUUCUUCGUCAGUCCCGCUGGUAAUAUCUGCUUCCAUGGCAAGUGCAGUUAUUACUGCGAUACGGCGCACGCGAUUUGCGGAAAUCCGGACACCCUCGAAGGGAGUUUCGCAGCAUUUUUGCCGGAUAAAUCGUUGGUCACGCGGAAAGCUUGGAGACACCCCUGGAGACGAAGUUACCACAAACGGAAAAAGGCGCAGUGGGAGCACGAUUCCGAUUACUGUUCUCUGGUGAAAGAAAUACCUCCGUAUGACGAGGGACGAAGGUUGCUGGAUUUGAUGGAUAUGGCUAUCUUAGACUUCCUCAUGGGAAACAUGGACAGACACCAUUACGAGACAUUCAAGAUAUUCGGCAACAACACGUUCCCCUUGCAUUUGGACCACGGCAGAGGCUUUGGAAGACCUUUCCACGAUGAGAUCUCCAUUCUAGCCCCCAUCCUGCAAUGCUGCAUGAUCAGACAGACCACCCUAAACACUCUUUUGAAAUUCCACAAUGGACCAGUGUCUUUGAGUGCGGCAAUGCGAAAAAGCAUGGCGAGGGAUCCUGUGGCGCCAGUUUUAUGGGAGCCCCACUUCAUAGCACUCGACAGAAGAGUUCGCGUGAUACUCCAAGCUAUCAGGGACUGCAUAAAUCGCGAGGACUCGAGUCAAGUCCUUCACGACAGGGCCGAGGACGUUGCAUCCUAACCCUUUCACGGAUUCGCAGUGAAACAGACGUUGAAAUCGUUGAUAAAAGGAAAACAGAAGUUGGAAUUCAUCGCGAGCGCGAUGUCUGUGCCUCGUUGUAAAAAGAAUCUGUAAAAAGACGUGUAUAAAGGCUGCAUGGUGAACGUUUGGACGAUUCUGCGUGAGUUGGUAUGAAUUUCUCGUAUCUUGUGGUACCAGGGAAUAUUGGGUUGUAAUCUAACUUCGAUUGGUUCAUUCCUUGAUGUUUCGUAGAAAGAAUUUAAGUCAGAGUUACAUAUUCGAGAGAGAACAUUUUUCUUUUUUUAAUUUAUUGACUGUCACAACUAUUUUAUCUUAGAAUUUUUUUUUAUCACAUAAUGUUUACGUUAUUGCUUUACGUGUUUUACGUUCUCAUAUUUACUAUUACAAAGCUGUAUCAAAAUUUUGAAUACUUAUUACUUGACUAUUCUAGUUUAUAUUUCUUUAACAAAUCCUUCGAUUUAUCUAUCGAAGUAAAAAUAAGUCGAUGAAUUUUUUUAUUUGCCAAGUCCUCGGUAAAAUUUGUUAUACUAUUACAGGUUCUGUAGCCUCACGGCUAUAUUUUUAAAUCAGGAACUUUAUAUUCAGGACCUUUCUAUCAAAUAUCAGAGAAUUACCCUUUAUCUAUGAAGAUUGGCGAGUUAAUCAUCGAGCUUCAGUACGACCUGGAAAACUACUAAUUAUUAUUAUUGCUGUUAUUAUUGUAUUGUUAUAUCACUAUAAUUAUUAUUCUUAUUCCAGUUUCUUUCCAUUUCAUUCUGUCUGUCUCAAUGAAACUUGUACAAAAAAAAAUCUGUACAUAGUGUAUGUAUCGUAUGGCAGGAAAAGUUUUGAAAUCAAAAGCACCCGCUACGCUCCGCUUUCCGUGUACAUAAAGAAGAGACUAAAGAAGUAUAUGUAUAAAUGAUACGCGAAAAUCGAAACCAAACGCCGGAUUAUUUUCGAAUUCGAUCGAUUCGAGGGAGCGUCUCGUGGCUGGAGGUUUCCUCGUUGAAAAGUCGAGGCAGUCUCUAUCAAAGUGUCUUAUUUUGCCCUCAAUCCUUCGACUGGAGUCGAUAGAUCGUUUUUCGACGAUGAAACCCGCCGGAAGACCGCGAUUUAACACGGAAUUUAUCCUUUUCUUUGCGAGACGAGAGAUUUUCUACCAAGGGAAAAUCGACGAUUGAUACACUCCGAAAGAACUGACAUUCUGCAGAAACAAAAUACACGUGAACCUACUAACAUUUCUAUCGUUCGUUGGUGUUAAAAAACAAUUCUAGAAGCGUGGGUAUCCCUUCCAAGAAUAUCUUAUAUUUCCAUAUUUUUCUUUAUAUCGCUAAAACUAUAAAAAAUAUUGAACAAAUAUUUUCAAAACGCAUCAAAACGAAGUUUUUAAAAAAUCUUUUAUUACAGUGUUAUAGAGCGUUAUGUAUUUUGUAUACUUUUUGUGUCAUCAAAAAUAUUAACAAAAAUAUGAAAACUCAAGGACAGAUGGAGAAAUGCGUCGAAACAAAAUUCUAGUGACACCAAAAAUAUGAAAAAUCAAAAUUCCCUGUCCCUUCACCCUCGGUAACUUACUCUUCGUUUCCUACGAAAAAUAACGACGUGAAUAGGUUCACAUGUAUUAUAUUUCUACAAAAUUUCAGAUUUUCUGAGAAUCUGGCGCGAGACUUUUUUUACGGAAAUUCAGUUCUCAUAGAGAAAAGGACAGUUCUUUGGUCCUAUGCGAGAUCGAGCUUAUGUUCUGCCUGAAUGGAGAUACGAUAUGCGUGCGAGGUAUCUUUUGUAAAGUGUGCUUUUCAUACGCAUGUACUUCUGUGACCGUUUCCAAAGUGCAUCUGUACUCGUAAGUGUUUUUUUUUUUUUUUGAGGGCAAUGAAAAAAAAAGAAGAGAACUAUGUUGGAGAAA